AUGCAGCUGCGCUGUAGCGGCCACCUGGUGCGCAUGGACGAAGAGCGACUACCCAAACGACUCUUCUACGGAGACGUCGCGACGGGUUCUCGUCGUCAAGGAGGCCGAAUUCGCCGUUACAAGGAUACUCUGAAGUCCUCCCUGAAGCGCCUUCAAAUCAAACCGACCAACUGGGAAGAGCUCGCUCGCGAUCGUCCGACAUGGAGGAGAACAGUGAAGACGGGCGCUGCUAUCUAUGAAGCCAACCGAAUCGCCGCCGCCAAAGCGAAACGCGAAGCCCGCAAAUCACAACUUCUCCCAGUCCGCAACGCCGCCGCACAACCUCCCCCUACGUGUCCUCGAUGUCAACGGACAUUCCGGGCACGAAUCGGACUUGUUGGACAUCUUUGGAUUAACUGCGCCUCUCGAACGGCACCAACCAUCGUUCCCCCGCCUGCCUCUUCCUCCUCCUCUCUUCCGCCAACUAACUCUGACACUCCUUCUGCUCCACCACUUCCAUCCUCCUCCUUCUCCACUGCCCCAGCGGUGGCCGUUCAGACUGCCGUCUCACACAUCGCCAACCACGACACAACAACCACAACCACCCCCACAUCACUCGAUUCCAGUGAUGAGGAUCAGGACUACACCUGCCCUCACUGUGACCGCACCUUCACCUCACACAUCGGCCUGGUCGGUCACUUGCGAAUCCAUCGCACAGAGACUGGCGAACCAGUGCCUGGAGCACCAACCUACACCCGCCGCACUCGCCUCCACUGCCCACAAUGCCCUCGCACCUUCACACAUCGCAUGGGUCUAUUCGGCCACAUGCGCAUCCACGAGAGCGGAAUUGACCGCAGCCUUGACACACCCACCCCGCCGAGGACCACUCCCAAUACACCACCCUGUGCACCCACUAACCACUCCCCAGCUGACAUCGACGCCACCGACCUUACCACCCCUCAUUCCUCCCCUUCCUCCUCCUCUUCCUCCUUCACUGCCACAACGACGGCCGCUUCGGCGUCUGUUGCCACGACCUCACCACAGCCGAACCUGACACAACAACAGGCACAACCCCUGCAACCUCCAUCAUCAGACGUGAGGGCCAGGACUACAUCUGCCCUCACUGCGAUCGCACCUUCACUUCACGCAUCGGCCUGGUCGGUCACUUGCGAAUCCAUCGCACAGAGACUGGCGAACCAGUGCCUGGAGCACCAACCUACACUCACCGCACUCGCCUCCACUGCCCACACUGCCCUCGCACCUUCACGCAUCGCAUGGGUCUAUUCGGCCACAUGCGCAUCCACGAGAGCGGAAUUGACCACAAUUCCGAUACAGUCACGACAUCCAACACAUCCACCACGCCCAGACCAAUCCUCGCUUCACCGUCACACGCGUCGACCACCGCCACCACCACCAACACCACUGCUUCCUCUGCAGCUGACACCGACACCGCCAGCCUCUCAGGCCCACAUUGUCCACGCACCUUCACCUCAUGCAUCGGCCUGGUGGGUCACUUGCGAAUCCAUCGCACAGAGACUGGCGAACCAGUGCCUGGAGCACCAACCUACACCCACCGCUAUCGCCUCCACUGCCCACACUGCCCUCGCACCUUCACGCAUCGCAUUGGUCUAUUCGGCCACAUGCGCAUCCACGACGACCUGCGGUAGACAACCGCCGGUCACACCACACAUUCCCUCACUCCCUACCUCCUAA